AUCAUUAGGACACACCUUCUUACCACGCCUACCAAUUAAUAUCCUGCAGUUGAAGGAGAUGGAAAAACUGCAGAGAGAAAACGAAAACAACAAGCAACUUUACAAGAGUCUCCUCAAAGACUACGAAGACGCGCUCUACCAAUUAGCAGAGGCAAGGCUGCACAUUGACCGGCUGCGUUUUGGAGCAGACGUGGACAUAAACAAGCACUACAUCAUAACACACUCAAAACAAGAGCAGGGAGACCCGAACGCCGAGGAGCUUUCUUUUACUAGGAAAGAGAGAGAAAUGGAAGCUUGCUCUGGUCUAAUAAAUUCGAUAGGUGAUGUGCAGUCCCGUUUGAAUCAAUUGCAUGAGGCAACUGCAAGAUCUGAAGAGUCUCCACCACUUGAUGCAAUGAAUUCCGAACUGCUUGAUGUACUGAGACUUCAUGAGAGACUCUCGAACGAGCUGGCUCCAUUUUUAAAGGAGAAGGAAAGUGGAAAUACAGAUUACGUCAAGAAUGAGUUAUCAGCAUUGGGGAAACAGCUAGAAGAUUUUAUUACCUUGCUGCAAGAAAGAGAAAAGAGAAGAGCACAAGAUUAUAGGACAAGUCAUGAAAGCAGCUAUGUGCCACCAAUUACCAGCAUAAAAAACCAGUUUGACGAGUUGUAUCUACACUCAACCUCUGAGUCUGCUGAAUCUGAAGUGGAUGGUAAUCAUGGAAUGAGUGUUGUUGUUAAGCCUUUGUCUUCAUGCCCAAAGUAUAAUGCAUGGCUCAGUAAUAAUAAUGAUGAUGAUGAGAGCUCUAGUGAGAGUGAUGGAAUAUAUGGAGGUAAUGCCACAGAAGAAGUGAUCAAUGGAAGACAAAAUACACCCUCCACUGCUUGUCAUAAAAUUACUAGUUUGAGUAAAGGUAAAGCUUCACUAAUACCAAGGCCAGUCAGGGUUGCAAGAAGCAAGAAAAUGGAUACAAAUCCAGAGCCAUUGCAGCAUAGACAGAAAUCUAAGCCGGCAAGCAGGCCAUCUAAAAUUCCGACUUAUAAAGGGAAGGUAUUUAACAAAGGGAAUAAAGAAGCUCAGCCUUCAAAGAUACCCAAAUACAAAGGAAAUGCUAGACAAAAGGAGAACAUUGGAGCUAGUAAACCUGAAAAGCAUCAAGCUGGACCUGAAACAGUUAUUAAAAAUGCAAGACCCCCUGAAAACGAAGACAAACAAGAUCUCAUUCAAUUGAGAAAUGAAAUAUCUGAUCUAAUCAAAGAGCUAGCUAUAGGACACUUGAAUCCAGCAGGAGACAGCAGAUGUAAGGUAGAGAAAGAAAAUGAAGGAAAAGGAAACUCUAAAACUAGCAAAUUGAAUAGAAAUGAAAUGGAAAGAAGUAACAAUAGAAAAGGAAGCAAGCAGUCAAAUGGAAGCCGGAGAGCUGCAACAUCAAGAUUAAGUCCAAAUCCUGAUCUUAGCAUGAGUGAUAAAUCAAUGAUGACGAUUCCUCCAUUAAUUGCCGAAAAAUGCACUCAAAUGCCUUCAAGUGUAUUAUUACCAUUGAAAACUAAAACACGCUCAAAAAGAAGAGACAGAAAAAGACUUUACCACAAGUAUUAUUCAUCAUCAAGUACUUCACUGUCUUCAUUAGAAGACAGUGAGGCAGUUUUUGAAAGAGAUAAGAGUUCUCGAAAGAAGGUACGAAAUCGAUUAAGAGAUAUAAAAAAGCCACGAAAGAAAAAGACUUGUGCAAAAAGAAAGAAGACUAAAGCUUAUUUGUCUAAAUAUGUGCAUAGCACUAGCAGCAGUAGCAGUUGUACUAGUAUUGAAACAACAUCAGGGGAAUCAAUGGAAUCUGCUGCCUACCACAUACACACAAUAUCUCCUCAAAGAAAGAAACUUAAUCAAACAAAAUUGCAUCACAUAAAUUCUGACUUUAGACCUAGGAAAAAAACCGUACCAGUUUAUUCUUGUGUUCAUCCACAAAAUCUGGAACCCAUUUUGGCAUGUUCUCAUUCCUGUACUCAGGGUCCUAACUUGAGCUGUUCAGUCUGUAGCUGUGUUUGUCACCCCAAACCACCUGAUCUCAUUCCACAGAAAUCAGUAACCAGCUCCCACAAAUCUAUAGAUUUAAGUGAAGCUGUAGAGUUAGCCCAAGGCAUCAAGAACUCAUCAGAAAGAAUGAAUAAAAGACUAAUGAAGAUAUUAAUUGGAGGAGGAGAGUGCCACUAAAACAGCUAUAAUUAUUAUACAUUAAUAAUAUAAUCAGAGAAUAAUUUCCUAACAAUAAUAAUUAUAAUUCAUAAUAAUAAUUUUAAUAAUUCAUAAUAAGAACUAGUGAGUCAAUCGAAAA